UUCAUUUGAAUGAAGCGCCCCCCCGCAAAUACUCACAUGCUGAAGCCGCUAAUUGGCAUUCUUAUACACUAGAAGUAACUCGCUCCAUGCCGGGGUUGUCCCUGCAACGAGUAUGGAACCCUUCCAGAUGUUCGGAUUGUCUAUGCCGUUAAAGAGAGGCUGGUCACCUGCCUCAAGCUAUCGGAUUGUGGGCGUUUAUUAUGGAAUGAGCCACCGAAAAAUUCCCGAUACUCCGUAGCGGGUCCUGUAAAUUUAGGCCCCACUCUGUGCACAUGGUCCUCUGUAACCUAGGGUCCUUCUUUCCCAUUCUGACGAUAUGACGAUAUGACGAUACAAUUCCGGCUGAUUCCGCUACAAUGCAACUCACGCCACAACACCAUCCACCUCACAAUGCAUCAGCACGUCCGAGUUCUCACUAUGGCUUCUUCUGAUUUCAACCAUCCAUCUCAUGCUACCUUUGCAACUCAAUCACGUCCGACAACUUCCUCUAACUUGAAUUUGUGGUCAUACUCAUUUUUGAAUGAUGUGUUGGACCUCGAUCCACCCACCAUCAGUCAUUAUGCAUACCUUCAUGGUUUAUAUUCCACGUCAUUAACGACCCAUGACAUGCGAUUACAUCUAAUGCAUCAUAUUCUGCAUGCUCACUGCUACGGCUCUCCGUUUGAUGGUUGUGUUGAAGAAUGUAACCAGCUUCCGCCAAUUGAUGAUCACCUCCAACGACUGCAUGACUUCCUUCUCUCUCAAUCUUUCGCCCAUCAACACCAAACUUUAGUUGGUGCUGCUCUAGGUGUUCAAUGUGCAAAUGAAUCCGUCAGUGGGGAUCCACACUUCCUCCAUGGCAUCAUUCGACGCUGUCAACAAAUCCCCGCUGCAUUUCCUGACGCAUUGACAAUUCUUUGUAAUCUGGAUCGAAUAAGUCAUCAAGACUUAGUCGCUCUAUGUCGAUUCCACCAUCUCCAUCGUCACAUCCCAAAAAUUCUCAAUCGUGUCCAAUUACGCUCCAUUGUGUUUGACCACAUAGUCACCGACUCCCCCUGUGAUUUUGGUCGUAUCUCACACUUUGAACAACCUUCUCGUUCUCGAUGUCGUCCACUGACACUCUCUCAGUCAGAACGCGCAAACCAUUUAGCCCACUUUUUAACUCAAGUCACACGAGCUGAUAUAUGCAAUCUAUCGAACACUGUCUGCUUCGUUUUGUGGCCGAUCAGUUCCCAUCUUUCCACCCUUCUGACAUGGAUCCUUAUCAAGAAUGUUUGGUUUGUGCGGUGUGUGGUGAGUCCAAAUUCUUCGACCAAAUGCUUCCUCAACCUGUAGAUUUGAACAAUUACGAUUAUCACUUACUCCACAGUGACUAUCCCUCGAACGCUCCUCACCCUUUUCCUGAUCAUCCUCUGCUCCAACAUAUCAUGUUAUGUCCGGCCGGAGUCCCCUCCCAUACCCAAUCCGUCCCGAUGAUUCGGAUUUGCCACGUCUGUCAUCGAUCUCUCAAGCGACAUUGCCUACCACCUACAUCUAUCGCCAAUGAUCUUUACUUCGGGCCCAUUCCGAAUGAACUCCGUAAACUUUCUCUAGUUGAAGAAGCACUGAUUGCUCGACGGCAUGCCAAAACAUGGAUCAUACAUCUGCAAGAUGAUGGA